AACAAACGAGUAGAAGAGAAAGAGAAGACAAGGUAAAUGUGAAAGGAAAAAAGAAAAAAAGAAAAAAAAAAUGUGCUCAACGAAAGUACGAAGAAAAGUAAAAGAGAGUUGUGCAGAAAUAUAGAGAGAGAGAAGCCCUCAAUCCUUUCAUUUACUUCUUACUCCUCCUUUUCCUUUGUAGAUCUCCCCUUACUUUCUGCAGUUUCCUAGAUUCAAUCCGUCCUUUCGUAUUCCUCUUGAAUUCCACUGCAAAACCCCUUGAAAAUAUCUGCUUAAUUGUCAUCAGAGGGAGAAGACGAAGGCGAAGACGAAGACGACGACUACUGGUAGCUGUGGAGUCAGAAAUCUUGACUGAUUUUGAGUAGUAGUUCCUGUUCAGAUGAGUCGAAUCAAAACUGGAGAUGAAAUCCCUUGAUCCGUAAAGGAUUUAUAGAGUUGUGAGAUCGUUAUGAUGGAAGAGGCAGGUGCACAAGUAGCUUCCCCAGUUGUCAUCCACCAAGCAUUGGCACAAAGAUUUUGCAAUCCACAUCCAAUUGUCAAGAAACGUAGUGUUCCUUUUUAUUCAUCCAAUUUUGUUAAUCAGAACCCUCCGGAUAACUGGAACCCGAAGUCCUGGGAUUGGGAUAGUUCAAGGUUUAUUGCUAGACCAGUGCAAUGUGAUGGAGACCAAGUAACAAGAGGCUCACAGGCGCCACUAGACUUGGAAAGGAACAAAGAAGCACAGAACAGUGCUUUAAAGCCCUCAGAGCCUAAUCAAAUCGGAAAAGAUGAUGAAAAUCUUCGACUGAAGCUUGGAGGUGGAGAAAAACAAGCCGUGAGCAAUGGCAGCCAUGGUAGCAUGAAUUUAAUGGAAGAGCAACAUCCUGUGUCGAGGCCCAGCAAGAGAGUAAGGUCUGGAUCACCUGGUACUGCUAACCGUCCAAUGUGUCAAGUAGAUGAUUGCAAGGAAGAUCUCUCUACUGCCAAGGACUAUCACCGGCGACACAAGGUGUGUGAGGUGCACAGCAAGGCUGGUAAAGCUUUAGUGGGAAAACAGAUGCAGAGGUUCUGCCAACAGUGCAGUAGGUUCCACCCUCUUUCUGAAUUUGAUGAUGGAAAGAGGAGCUGUAGGCGCAGACUUGCUGGACAUAAUAGAAGGAGGAGGAAAACUCAGCCUGAAGAUGCUACCCCAAGGGUGUCAGUUCCCAGUGGUGCCCACAAUGAUAUCAACUGUGAGGUGGAUGUCAUCAAUUUACUGGCAGCACUAGCUCGUCCACAAGGGAACCCAGAGGACAGGAAUGCUAAAUUCUCCUCAAUACCUGAUAAAGAUCAGCUGGUACAAAUUCUUAGUAAAAUAAAUUCAUUACCGUUGCCGGCAAUCUUAGCAUCCAAGCUACCUCAUUUGAAGACUACAAGUGGAAGUAUAUCCGAUCAUGCACAUUCUGAAAACCAGAACCAAAUGAGUGCAAAUGCUUCUUCGCCAUCAACUAUGGAUUUACUUGCUGGUCUUUCGGGUGCUCCUGGAGUACCUUCUGAUGCCUUAGAAAUUCAAUCUCAACCAAGCAAAGAGAAAAGUGAGUCUGAAAAAAGUAAAUCACCUGAUGUUGACAAUGCUGGGCGUCUAGAUACACAAAAAGGAUCCACCGUGGAGUUUCCCUCUGUUGGAGGUGAGUGGAGUAGUACAAGUUGCCAACAUUCGCCCAUGGAAGAAGUAGAUUGUCAUGUUCCAGAUACAUCUCCAAGUCUGCAUUUACAGUUGUUUAGUUCCUCACCUGAAGAUAAUAGUUCAAGGAAGUUACCGUUGAAUGCAAACUACCUUUCAUCCAACAGUAGUAAUCCUUCACAAGAUAUAUCACCCACAUCUUCACCACCUCUUGUGCGUGAUCUAUUCCCAAUGCGCACUUCAAGAGAAACAAUGAAGGACAAUCAUUUUUCAAAUAGUGAAGAUGAACUGGCAUGUGCAAAAUCAACCAUGAGCAAUGGGUGCAGUACAUCACUUCGUCUUUUUGGUGGCUCAAUUCAGCCCGUUGAAAAUGCUUCAAUUCAAAGUUCUCCAUACCAAGCUGGUUAUACGUCUUCUUCCGGGACUGAUCAUUCACCAUCGAGCCUGAAUUCUGAUGCUCAGGAUCGCACUGGUCGAAUCAUUUUCAAACUAUUUGACAAGGAUCCCAGCCAUUUGCCCGGCUCUUUACGAACUCAGAUAUUCAAUUGGCUUUCCAAUAGUCCAUCAGAAAUGGAGAGCUUUAUCAGGCCUGGUUGCAUAGUGCUCUCAUUGUAUCUAUCAAUGCCGUCAUAUGCCUGGGAUCACAUAGAAGAAAACCUUUUUGGUUGUGUCAGUUCUUUAGUAAAAGGUGUUGAUGUAAGCUUCUGGGGAAAUGGAAGAUUUUUGGUUUGCACCGAGAGACAAAUGGCUUCCCAUAACGAUGGGAAGAUCCGUCUCUACAAAACUUGGAAAGGCUUUGCUAUGCCAGAACUGAUAUCGGUGUCUCCAGUUGCGGUUGUUUCUGGGCAAGAGACUUCUCUUCUAUUGAGGGGAAGAGGUUUGACAGCCCCAGGGACCAAGGUGCAUUGCACACAUGCAGAUGGGUAUAACAUAGAAGAAGUUAGAGCAUCAUCAUGCCAAGAUGCUGCGCUUGAUGAAAUAAACUUGAGUAGCUUUAAAAUCAAUGGAACAGCAAGUAAUAUGCUCGGUCGCUGCUUUAUUGAGGUAGAAAAUAGUUUUAGAGGCACCACAUUCCCAGUAAUUAUUGCUGAUAAACCCAUCUGCCAUGAGUUGAGGCUCCUUGAGCCUCAUAUCAAUGGCAGUGCUGAAGUUGGUAAUGAUCACCUUGAGAGUACAGGGAGGUCCUGGUCGAGGGAAGAAGUCGUGCAUUUCUUGGAUGAACUUGGAUGGCUGUUUCAGAGAAAGUGGAACUCUACAUUGUUUGGGAUUCCAGAUUACAGGCUUAAUCGGUUCAAAUUUCUUCUUAUAUUCGCUGUUGAGCAUGACUUUUGUGCUUUGGUGAAAACCCUCCUGGACAUCUUGCUAGAACUAAACUUGGGCAGGAAAGGGUUAGUAACAGAGUCUAUGGCAAUGCUAUGGGAAAUUCACCCCUUGAACAGGGCAGUGAGAAGGAGGUGCAGGAGGAUGGUUGAUUUGCUCGUCCAUUACUCCGUUAUCGACCCUGAUGAUGCUUCUGAGAAGUAUAUAUUCACACCUAAUUUAGCCGGACCUGGUGGCCUCACACCCUUGCAUUUGGCCGCUUCUGCAACUUCCUCAGAAGACUUGAUCGAUGCCCUAAUAAGUGAUCCUCAGGAGGUUGGGUUGCAGAGCUGGAACUCUGCAUUGGAUGUGAAUGGAUUAUCCCCAUACGCGUAUGCCUUGAUGAGGAACAAUCACUCUUACAAUGACCUGGUUGCGCGUAGAGUUGCAGAGAGGAAAAAUGGGGAGGUCUGCGUAGCGAUUGAAAAGGAGAGGAAGCCGUUGGAAGUAGAGAAGGAGAGGUGCUCCAUGUGUGCAGUCGCAGGGUAUAGACGACAAAGCAAAAGGUAUGGAGGCUCCAAAGGAUUGCUCCAACAACCUUACAUCCAUUCAAUGCUCCUCGUUGCUGCUGUCUGCGUCUGUGUCUGCGUCUUCCUACGAGGACACCCUUACGUUGGCUGCGUUGUUCCGUUUGCAUGGGAGAACCUUGACUACGGCCCACGUUAACUCUGCGUUUUUUUCUUCUUCUUCCUUAACAUAUUUAUAAUUUCAUAGAGAGAGAGAGAGAGAGAGAGAGAGAGAGAGAGAGAUGGGGGUAAGGUUGGGUGGUGAAAGGCGAAAGAAUUUGAGCGAGUUGAAUUGUGGGACGUCGAUAAGUAAUGUACCUCUCAUAAAUCAUCAUAUAGUGUUUAUUCAAUUCAUUAUUAGUAUUAUUUGUUUUGUUUGGACA